ACACCGCGUCAACUCCCCACAACAUACCACCAUAAUGGCUGCUCCGGAUCCCAAGGAAGCGUGGGCACGGCUCCAGGGCGAACUCACUCGACGGACUGCGCGGAUGGGUGGAGGCGGAGGCCCGCCAAAAGGUCUCUUUGGUGGACUUGGAGGACUGGUGCUCGUCGGUGGAGGAAUUUGGGCAGCCAACAAUGCGCUUUUCAACGUUGAUGGUGGUCACCGCGCAAUCAAGUACACCAGAAUUGGCGGCGUGCAAAAGGAAAUCUACAGCGAAGGAACCCAUUUCCGAAUUCCAUGGUUCGAGACUCCGAUUACAUACGAUGUCCGCGCCAAACCACGAAACGUCGCUUCCCUCACUGGUACCAAGGACUUGCAAAUGGUCAACAUCACAUGCCGUGUGCUGUCAAGGCCGCGGGUUGAUGCCCUCCCACAAAUCUACAGGACGCUGGGAACAGACUACGACGAGAGGGUGCUGCCGUCUAUUGUCAACGAGGUCCUCAAGAGCGUUGUCGCGCAGUUCAAUGCUAGUCAGUUAAUUACUCAGCGUGAGAAUGUCUCGAGACUGGUGAGGGACAACCUUGUGAGGAGAGCGGCGAGGUUCAACAUCAUGCUUGAUGACGUUUCUCUUACUCACCUCGCCUUCUCCCCCGAAUUUACCGCCGCAGUCGAAGCCAAGCAAGUCGCCCAGCAAGAGGCACAACGUGCCGCCUUCGUUGUUGACAAAGCACGCCAGGAGAAGCAAGCCACCGUUGUCCGCGCCCAGGGUGAGGCUCGUUCCGCCGAACUCAUUGGUGACGCCAUCAAGAAGAGCCGCUCGUACGUCGACCUCAGGGAGUUUGAGAAUGCCAGGAAUAUUGCGCAGAUUCUACAGAACUCGGCCAACAAGGUGUACCUGGACUCGAAUGGUUUGGGACUCAACGUCACGCAGACUCAGAGCGACAAGGAGAAGAGGGCGAAGGCGUAGUGGGGCAGGGCGGCAGAAAUGUACAAUUAGCAUUCGUAAAAGCGAUGAAGCGGAUUGGUGGCUUUCCACUCAUGUUCGAAUAACAAGGCUUAUGAAUUCAUGCAGUCGUAGAUC